UUGAAUCUCAAGUCUGCUCAGGCAGUACGAGUAAUUAUCGCUGAUUCUUCCCUCUUCCAAGCUCCUGUUCAUCAGGUUUCAUUAAAAGAGGAUGUCCACAGUCUCCCUGAUUUUUCGUUUCCUGGUGUUGUCCUCAUGUGCGGCCAGCUUUCACUUGCAUUCCAGACAAUUGUGUGGCCGGUAAUGGCGAUGGGUUCAGCUAUCUCCGAUCUUUCCGUAUCAAUUUUUCUGCAUAGUCGCUGGUGUUAUUAG